AUGUCAUGUAAAAGGCUGCGCUCUCCGUCUGCCUGGGGAUGGGCGUUGCGCGAGGAGACGGCACCUCCCUACAGACCCUGCAAAGUCUUGCGCCCCAGCACGACAGUCGCCUUCGUGCUGUGGCUGAACGAUGCCCAAAUAAAAUCAUACCUCUCCGGAAGAGCCCGCCGCUCUCCCCCCGUAACGCCGCACCACGUUACGUGGGGACCCCGUGUGAGGUCCACGUGCCUCCAUGACUGUGCCGGCAACCGAGAGCUAGGGACCAUGUCCGACUACUGCCGCCGCUGCGUGCGCGGGGGGCCCUCAUUUCGUAGCGUGCGCCGUCGCUCUGUACUGCCGGAGAAUGUUUCCCACGCCCUUCGAGACAAUUUCUGA